GUCUCCCGUCAGAAGAAUCGCUGACGUCAUAUCCAGUGGCCGGAAGUCGUCCUGACCGCAGAGAAGAAUGGCCGGGCUGCUUAAAAAGACGACUGGCCUGGUUGGCCUGGCAGUGUCCCACAAUCCACACGAGCGUCUGAGGAUUCUGUACUCAAAGAUCCUGGCGUCGCUGCAGACCAUGCCACAGGACGCCGCCUACAGGAAGUACACCGAGCAGCUGGUCAGCGAGCGGUUCAACCACGUCAAAAUGGAGGCUGAUGUUGAGAAGCUGGAGAAGAAGAUAAACUGUGGGCAGAUUGAAGAAGUUAUUUUUCAGGCCGAGUGUGAGCUGGCUCUGUCCAGAAAGAUGUCUGAGUGGAAACCAUGGGAGCCCCUGAUUGAGGAGCCUCCUCCCAACCAAUGGAAAUGGCCCAUCUGAAUAUGCUUUGUGAACUGUCUGUGCGAGAGCUAUACAUUUGCUUCUAAUGAAGUCCUGUACAAAUAAAAGUGGUGCAAACAAUUUA